GAAGGAGAGUGACAUAUGCCAACAACACGUCUCCCUCUCGCUUCGAUUACUAUUUCUUGUUUUUUUCUAAACGUUAAGAUAUACAUUUGGCAAAGCAAGGUUACAAGAUGGCGGACAAAAAAGAUAAAAAUGAUAAAGAAAUCAAAGUUGAUAAAUGGGAUGGUAAUGCAUUAAAACAUGCCAUUGAUGACGCUGUUAGAAAGAUUUUUACUGAGGAUUUAAAAUAUUCAGAGAGUAAUGUGUAUGUGGACACUAGAUUACUUUUCAGUGGAUUAGGUUGUGGUGUUGCUUUGUAUGCUCUACUGUACGAUUAUCUCAAUCCUUUUCCACUCUCAAAAACUGUUCUUAUCAUGUGUGUAUUGUCAUACUUCUCUCUCAUGUCAAUUUUAACCCUGUUUAUGACUUUCAUUGAAAAGAACAUCAUUUUAAUAGCUAAACAAAGAGAGGCUUCUGGUUUGGAUCCUGAUUCCAAAUGGACCAUUCAAACCACUUUAAAAAGAUUCGAUAACAAUUAUACGUGUGAAAUAACAAAACAAGAUGGCGCCACCAAGAAAAAUAUUCACGCAUCCUUUUCAAAAUGUGUAUCCACAUGGGUAAACGACAAGGGAGUGAUAUUGGUGGAAAAAUUAAAAAAUGACGUCUUAGACCUUCACCGAUCGAUAAGUGGUGGCAAGAAGAAUCAGUAAAGGAGUUUGAAAGAUUGUAGUUGCGUGUGUGUUUUAUUGUGAAGAAAAAUAUAAAAUCUAAUAGGUCGAA